GAAACACUGUUGAAAUAUGAACAGACAGCGAGCAUUUUCGUAAAGCACUUUUCUUCUCAGACCUUUCACUAUAAAACAGUGGCUACCCAUUUUCACAUGUGCAUGCUUGAAAAAAUGAAGGAUUAUUGUACAAUAUCCUCUUCUUCUUCUUCAUUUCUACCCAUUGUUUAUCUUUCUCUUCUCAUCAUCUGUCUCUCGGCACCGCCUCCUUCCGCCGCGGCCCGGCCGCGUUGCAACUCAAAUGACAAAAAGGCCCUCCUCCAAAUCAAGAAAGAUCUGGGCAAUCCCUAUCAUUUGGCCUCGUGGGACCCAACGACGGACUGCUGCAGCUGGUACGUCGUGAAAUGCGACCGACUCACCGGCCGCAUCACCGCCCUCACCGUCUUCCAGGCCGAUUUCGCCGGCCGAAUCCCGGCGUCCGUCGGCGGUCUCCCCUACCUCACGCAGCUGAUGUUUCAUCACGUUCCCAAUCUCACCGGAACCAUCCCGCCGUCCAUCACUAAGCUCACGCGCCUUACUUCUCUGGACAUUAGCUGGACGAGUCUCUCCGGCCAAAUCCCGGCGUUCCUGAGCCAGCUGAAGAACCUGACGUACCUCGACCUUUCCUUCAACAACUUCACCGGACCCAUCCCGGAAUCUCUCGGCGAGCUCCGGAAUCUCGGGGCACUCCACUUGGACAGGAACAAACUCACCGGACCCAUCCCGGAAUCCUUCGGGAAAUUCUCGCCGGCGCCGGAUCUGUACCUCUCCCACAACCAACUGACCGGAAAACUGCCGGCGUCCUUCGGGAAUCUUGACUUCGAGAGGAUAGAUCUGUCCCGGAACAGACUGGAAGGCGACGCGUCGAUCUUGUUCGGGAAAAGCAAGAACGCCCAGACAAUAGAUCUGUCGAGAAACGCGUUCCAGUUCGAUUUCUCCAAAGUGGAGGGGUUCUCGAAGAGCUUGAUCGCGCUGGAUCUGAACCACAACCAGAUCACAGGGACUCUGCCGGCGGCGCUGACGGCGGUAGAAAACCUGCAGCAGUUCAACGUGAGUUACAACAGACUGUGCGGCGAGAUUCCUAAAGGGAGGCUGCAGACGAGUUUCGACAAGUAUUCAUACUUCCACAACAAGUGCUUGUGCGGUUCUCCACUCCCGCCGUGUUAAUUGGCUUCUCCGGCCGGCCGGUUCAUCAGUUCUAAUAAUGGGGAAUGCUAUAGUACCCAUAAAAAUUGAGGGAAUAGCUCUGUGGCGAAGCCGCUUCAAUUUAAUUAAUCACUAUGCAUUGAAUGGCGUUUAGCCAUUAAUAAAUUUGUUUUAAAAUUAUGAUUGUGUUUGGAUAAAACAUGGUUCAUUGGAGCUUUUCCAGACUGUUAGGCUGUUCACUAGGAGGACAUGCCAGACCCUCUCAACGAAGUAAGGGUGUUGAUCAUCUUUCAAAGGAUUAGCAUAAAAAACACAUGCUGAUGUUAGUGUUACUACCGGGGAUAAAUCACAAAAACAAGGGCAGGGAAAGGUUAUUGAAGUUGUCACAAAAGAAGGAAUACCAUAGUACUUUUUAGCAAAACGAGUUAUUCAAGAGGGGGGAAUCUUUCAAAUCUUGGAGAAGAGGUGCUCAAGAAGGAGGUUACGACACCACGUAAAGAAACUCUUCCCAAAUCUUAUGAGAAAAUGGUGUUCAUAAAAGAAGUCAUGACACUCUCGGCCGAUUAUAGAGUAUUGGAAGUAUCUAAGGAGUUUACAUUAGAGCUUAGCUAAUGGAUAACAAACCAAAAGUUGAGAAAUUGAUAUCCUAUGAAACUCUGGAUAUCAGAGGGUAUACGUAUAUGGGUACAAUAGGGGUGAGUAAAUUGAGAUACUUCUGGGUUAUGAUUCAGAAUAAGAGAUUGUCAAGGAUCAUUCGGUUCUUACUAUCAGUGCGCUGCUUCAAGCAAGUGUUAAAAUAACUGAUGAAGCAAAAUAGAAAAUGUUGGAUCUACGCACCGGCUCAGACCUCAAUCACCAAAAGCCCAAAGGCUCGCUCAGCAUUCACCACCAAGGUUGCAAAAGGGAAACUGAAGGGCAACAGUCAACUACACUCAGAGUUUAAGAGCCCAACCACCCAGACCACACCAACGGGAAUCUCACCGGAGGAGAUAACCCCCCAAACUACCAGACCAGAGUGAAGACCCCAGUAGGAACCCCAAGGUCUCACCGGAGUAUAGCCGGAGCUAAUACUCAGAGAGAACCGAUACUCUCUCACUCUAGGAAAGGGGCAACGCACAGAGAAGCUCAUCGGGUAGAGAGAAAGGGGAAGGGAUCAAAUAGGGGGUUCUGGAAGCAACCAGACAAUUUAAGCAAAGGGCCACAAAGGGGUCACGGGCUAGGUAUGGACAAAAGGGGCGAGUGGGCUGAGUCAGGCAGACAGCCCAAGUUGGGCCAGAGUAAUUAAUAGGAGACCAGCCUAUUAAUUGAAGUGGACCAAGAGGCAACACGGGUGAAGUAAGGCCAAAGGAAGAGGUGGACCAAUACCAUCAACAAUCUCCACCUUAUUGGUCCCCCUGGUGGUGUAGAGCACAACUGUGAAUGGGAGUAUCAUCAUCGCCGGUUUUUCUUGUUUUAAUCUGUUCUCAUCAGCCACAAUCUAAGUUAAGAAUACGUUUACAAGAAAACAGUUUUUCAAAAGUGAGACAUUUAGUCCCCAUAUCAGCAGGAUUGAAUUCAGAAGCUAUUUUGCAUAGCUUGAUCCCUCCUUUAUCGACAAUGUCCCUGAUGAAGUGGAAC